UGAGCAUCUCUGAAGCUAUUCGUGCUGCAUUUUGCUUUUUAAUCGAAUUUUAGUGCAAAUUUAGUAUUUAGUUGAAGUUCUGCUUUUAGCAUUCAUGGCGCGUGGUCACCAAAAGAUUCAGUCCCAACAGAAAGCGCAGGAAAAGGCGGCCAAGCUAAAGAAGCAGCAGGGGCAUGGUUUGAGCGAUCAGAUGAAGGCGGCCCAGAAGGCGCUCGUGUUUUCGUGUGCCGUCUGUAAAUCCCAGAUGCCCGAUCCUAAAACGUACAAGCAGCAUUUCGAAAACAAGCACCCGAAGUCGGAACUUCCCGCCGAUUUGGUGAAUGUUUAACAGGACGAGAUGCAACGAUGCCCGUACGAAGCCCUACUUCCGUAUGGAGAUUAUCAGAGAGGUUCGAUUCCGUGAAUUGCUUCGACGAUGGCUCUUCUGCUACUUCCGUGGCCUAACCGCAAUAAUACCGUAUUUUCAAUUGAGAUUUUACCCUGCACGGAACAUCACUAAUCAAUCACGCGUGUUGAAGACAAAAGCUAGAAUAAUUCCUAUGUGUUCAAUGUAAAUAGUUCCAUGCUACGGAUGUGGCCUCUCGAUCGCAUUGUACGCGUUUCCCUGGACCUGACCAACA